AUGUCCUUUGUAGCAGUUGCUCAAUUUUGCGCAUCAAACUUGAUUAUAAAAAAUCUUAAAACUUGCGUUGAAUUACUUGAGAAAGCAUCAAGAGAUGGUGCCAAGAUGGUAUUUUUUCCGGAGACUUCAGAUUUCAUUGCUAAGGAUUCUGAAGAAACCUUGUCAUUAGCAUUAUCAAUCAAUAGUAGUCCGUUUGUAAAUGGUAUUAAGGAUGCUGCUAUGAAAAAAAACAUUUGGGUUUCAAUGGGAGUUCAUGAAUUAAGUCACGACCCUAAAAGAAUUUAUAAUACUCAUUUAUUAAUAGAUUCUCAAGGAUCAAUCAUUGAGACAUAUCGAAAACUUCAUUUAUUUGAUAUAAAUAUUAAAGAUGGACCAAUUCAUUUAGAGAGUGAAUCAACAAUACGUGGAGAAAAAAUUUGCAAUCCUAUACCUACACCUUUAGGAAAUUUAGGGUUAAUGAUUUGUUAUGAUUUAAGAUUUCCAGAAUUAUCUUUAGAAUUAAGGAAGAAAGGUGCGGAUAUUUUAGCGUAUUCAUCAGCAUUUACUGUCAAGACUGGACAGGCUCAUUGGGAGGUGUUAUUACGUGCUAGAGCUAUAGAAAAUCAAUGUUAUGUUAUCGCUAGUGCUCAAAUUGGGCGACAUAAUGAAAAACGUAUUAGUUAUGGACACGCAAUGAUUGUGGAUCCGUGGGGUACUGUACUAGCAAGAUGUCCUGAAACAAGUGAACCAUCAUUAGCUUAUGCCGAAAUAGAUCUUGAUAGAUUGAAAAGAAUUAGGGCAGAAAUGCCUGUAUUAAAUCAUCGUAGAACUGAUAUAUUUGGUUAA